AUGAAUCAACCGGCCGGCGGCGCCUACCUCAGCUCGCGGCUCGUGUCCAGCGCGGCGCUGCACUACCCGGCCGGCAGCACCCUCCGCCUGCGCUACUGGAUCCGCUCCCGGGUGGAGGGGGCCAACUCGCUGGACGUGCGCCUGGUGGUGGACUCGACCGAGCAGCCGCACGCCUUCCUCGACCUCAAGGGCCAGGGCACGGCGACCAACGACCAGUGGCGGGUGGCAACGGCCCAGAUCCCAUUCGUGAACGGCACCGCGCGGCUCUCGAUCUUCGGAGGGAGGCGGACAGACCCGCUGGACCAGGUCGCCAUCGACGACAUCGUCGUACACGGGCCAGCGGGUCUAGAUCACCCGUGUGGCGGCGCCAGCAGCACCACCACCAGCCAGCCGACCUCCACGGCACCCUCCACGCCCUUACCCAGCACCACAACGCCGGCACCCAGCACCACGACACCAGCACCCAGCACCACAACACCGGCACCCAGCACCACGACACCGGUGCCCAGCACCACGACACCAGUACCCAGCACGACGACACCGGUACCCAGCACCACGACACCGGUGCCCAGCACCACGACACCAGCACCCAGUACCACGACACCGGCACCCAGCACAACAUCAGCACCCAGCACCACAACACCAGCACCCACCACAACACCAGCACCCAGCACCACCUCCCAGGAACCGAGCCGGUCUACCACCCCAGACUCUCACCAUCGCUGCUUCUGCUCGCUCGGCACACACCAAGACGGAGGCCUGAACGUGCUGGUCACCCUGCCGCCGAUGCUAUCGUUCAGCUGCGACGCCGACGGCGAGCGCCUCUGUCGCGAGGAGUGCAAGGUGUCCACCGACGUGCUAAUGGCGCAGGGCUCCUGGUCGGCGCUCGUCGACGGCCAGAAGCUGGGCGACGCGGCCUGCGCCAGCCUCGGCCACGACGAGACGCGUGGCCUCACCGCCGGCGUGUUCCACGCCGUGUGCGAUCACGCGCCGCACCACUCUGGCGAGUUCCAGCCGAAGCUCUGUUGCGAACGCGGCCGCUACGAACGCUGCCAGUUCUGAGCCAGCGCCGUUGUUGACUUGCUGCAAGUGCGCGUUAGGUGACGCUUCUUAGUGUGUUUAGAUGCACUCGCGUUGCAUGCGAGCUGUCUUAUGAGAAUGGUUGUCACGGACCACCUAGCAGGCUUUUGAAAAUCUCUUUAUGCAUCAUGUCACACUCGACAUUUGAAGAGCAAAUGAUAUCAAUCGACUUAAAACCACUCCAUGAUGGCAUCGGUGUACCACGUGGUGAACGCGACUUGUGCAGAGCAACAAAUAAACGGAAGCAUGAA